AUGGGGGCGACAGAAGCUACGCACCGUAGCUUUAAGGGCAAGGAUCAUCACGAGGAGACUUGUCUGUCUUCACACUACCUCUGGACAGCCUUUCAGCUGGUUCCUGAAGCCGCUCGGCAUCUCGCCCGGACUACUGCCGUCCCUCUGCUCGGCAUCAUGUUCAAAUACUCAACUCUGCAACUGGCUGAAUUAAUCAACUUCUCCAUUCCAUCCCGCAUCCCGGUCAUCAAACAGCUCGGACUUCUUCGACGACCCCGCUACAUCCACAGAAGCUGUCGCCGCAAGUUUGUCUAUCUUCGCCGCGGACAAUCCCUUCCAUCCAUCUGGUCCCCGGCCCGCUCUGUCGCACUUAUUCCACGUCAUCGGAACGCUUCCCUGACUGCAUCACGUACAGCUGAGCGCACCGACAGGCUGCACAAAAAACCCGGACUGGACCGCAGCGGUAUUCACACUUCACCUGUACCUGUUCUCCAAUCAUCUACAAAUUCCUUCGCUGUCUUUCCUCAAUUGCAUUACCCCCCCACACGCACUGUUAACUGGGACAACCUCAGAUCUUUCCAGCCCGCCCCCAUCUCGCCACCCUCUCACCAUGCCAACUUUGCCCUCCUCAACACCCGAUCAAUCAACAAUAAAGCCCCAGUCCUCCAUGAACUGAUCCUCGACAACUCGCUGGACUUUCUCCUGCUCACCGAAACCUGGCAACAACCCAACGACUUCUUCUUCCUCAACCAAGCUCCCACCACUGGAUACAGUUACAUUUGCAGACCCCGCCCCUCCCGCCGUGGUGGCGGCCUCGCCGUCAUCUACAGUCAGAACUUCCGGAUCACUGAACUCACCCUCCCCUCUGUGUCCUCAUUUGAAUAUCUCGCCUUCAAAGCUCUUUCCUCCAUGACAGUUCUCCUCAUCUACCGGCCACCCAAACCAAACCCUUCCUUCCUCUCAGAUUUCGCGGAACUUCUAACGCUAGCGUCAUCUCUCUCCUCACGUCUGCUGCUACUCGGUGACUUCAACAUCCACAUCGACUCCCCCACCUUCAAGCUGUCAUCAGAAUUCACCACCUUACUGGACAACUUCACUCUCAUCCAACAUGUCACAUUCCCCACCCAUGACAAAGGUCACAUCCUCGACCUGGUCUGCUCCAUCAACCUGCCUGUGCUGGACCUCCAUCCAUGCCUCUUUCCCCUCUCUGAUCACAAACUGAUACGGUUCAUCAUUCCCUCCCCAACCGCACGCCCACGCAUCUUUCGAGCAAUCACCUUCCUCCACCAUGAAGCCUAUAAACUCCACCUCACUGCCUACAAAGAGGCUCUCAUUUCUGCCAAAUCUGCCUACCUCUCCUCCAUCUUCUCCAACCCCUGCCAUAACUCCAGAACCCUCUUCUCCACAAUGAACAACCUCAUCAAGCCUCGGACCAACACCCACCCUACUGCUUCUCCUGAUCUCUGCAACUCAUUCCUUCACUUUUUUGCAGAAAACAUCAACACCAUUUAUCAGUCUCUAUCCCCUGCAUCUGACCCCCCAGUAUCUACUCCAGCGCCUACCACGGACCCUCUUCUCCCUAUCCGGCCUGACCUCCCUUCCCCUCCUCCACACUGCCUCCUCUCCCAGUUUGAACUGGUCACCACCCCCCAUAUCUCUAAACUCAUUAGCUCUUCCAAACCCACUACCUGCUCACUGGACUCCCUACCUACUCCUCUCUUGAAGUCAUGCCUCCCCGUCCUUUCCCCCUACCUCACUAACCUCUUCAACUCCUCUCUCUCCCUUGGAACUGUCCCCUCUGCUUUCAAAACAGCUGCUGUCACCCCGGUCCUUAAGAAACCUGGUCUGGAUCCCUCUUCCCUUAUUAACUACCGCCCUAUAUCCAACCUCCCCUUUCUGUCUAAAACCCUUGAACGUAUAGUUGCCUCACAAUUACAAACUCAUCUCCUUGCCAAUAACCAAUUUGAACCCUUCCAAUCUGGUUUUCGCCCCCUCCACAGCACAGAAACUGCUCUGGUCAAAGUCUUCAACGACCUACUCACUUCUGCUGACACCGGUUCCCUCAACAUCCUUAUUCUUCUUGACCUGAGUGCAGCCUUCGAUACUGUGAGCCAUAACAUCCUGCUCACCAGACUCAAAGACCUUGGUAUCGAAGGUACUGCACUCACCUGGCUCCGUUCCUACCUCUCUGACAGAUCUCAUUUCAUCUCCCUUCAUAACCACACCUCUGCUACUGCCUCAGUCACCCAAGGCGUUCCCCAAGGCUCCGUACUCGGCCCCCUUCUUUUCAUCAUCUACCUCCUCCCCCUUGGUCAGAUACUCCGCCAUUUCAACCUGAACUUCCACUGUUAUGCCGAUGACACCCAGAUCUACCUCAGCACCAACUCCCCCCACAAUCCCCCCCCCCUCUCCCACAUCAACUCCUGUCUGUCAGCAAUCAAAACCUGGAUGCACCACAACUUCCUCAAACUAAACAGCAAUAAAACAGAAUUCCUCCUCAUCGGCUCCAAAUCCACUCUCUGCAAAGCCAACAACCCCACUCUCAUCAUUGACGGUACCAUUGUCUCCCCCUCUCCCCAGGCCCGCAACCUGGGUGUGAUUUUUGAUUCAACCCUCUCCCUUGAGCCUCACAUCCGUCAAGUCAUCAAAACCUCCUUCUUUCACCUUCGAAAUAUUGCUAAAAUCAGACCCUCACUCACUCCCUCUGCUGCCGAAAGACUUAUUCAUGCCUUCAUCUCCUCACGACUCGACUAUUGCAACUCACUACUCCUCGGCAUCAGCUCAACCUCCAUCAAAAGGCUCCAACUGGUUCAGAACUCAGCUGCACGUCUCAUCACCCGCUCCACAUCCUGGCACCACAUCACUCCGGUCCUAAAACAGCUUCACUGGCUUCCCAUCUCUCACCGGAUCACAUACAAGAUCCUGGUCCUCACCUACAAAGCCAUCCACCACCUUGCCCCGUCAUACCUCACUGUCCUCCUCUCCCCCUACCAACCUUCACGGGCCCUCAGAUCCACCACAGCCGGUCUCCUCUAUGUCCCCAAGUCAAAAGCUCCGCAGUUUGGGGACCGAGCCUUUUCCAGGGCAGCUCCAAGGCUGUGGAACUCCCUCCCCCAUGAGAUCCGCAUCUCUGAGUCCCUCACCAUUUUUCAGUCCCGUCUGAAGACCCGU